AUGUCAGCCUCAGCCAUAUUCGGGUUAAACAUGUCAGUCUUACCUCGUCCGUCAACCGUUCCAACUGGACUCCACGGCGGCGCCACCAAGUUACCGGUACCAACAAGUGUUGGGGGAUUGGUAAUUGAGUGUUCAUCGAGGCCACAAAAGAAAGCUACAGCUCACCAUAAGAAGACAAGGCCACGUAAGACUCAAGCUUGGGACAUCAAACGUGGACCAACUGUUUAUGCUCCCUUGCCGGACUUGCCACCUGAGUGGUCGUUUGCAAGUGAUGCUUCGGGUCAACCCGCUGGUGUUGGAGCUUCGGUAUCUGAUGCUAAGUCUGAGUAA